UUACUGUUUGUUUCUUGCACCGGACGUUAGACGGUUAGUUUAUGUGUUCUACUUGUUGCGGCAGUGUCUGUUUCGAUGGAGAAGUGGACUUUUUCGACUCGAAUUGAAAGCGCCGUUUUUAAAAUGAAACAAAUUUCGCUCACAAUGUGGAUAGCGUGUUUUAUAAUUUUUAGUGCGUUUUUAGCAACAAAUGGUUAUAACGUGGACACUAAGUUUCCGAUUAUUUUUAGUAGUAAACCUGGAAAUUAUUUUGGAUUUACUGUAGCACUUCAUAGAAAUCGAGAUGGCCCCAUGGCUCUUGUUGGUGCUCCUCGUGCGAAUUCGUCUGUGCUAAUAGAUCAACUCUAUCAACCUGGUGUUCUAUAUCAAUGUGAAAUAUCGAAGAAUCGAGAAUGCCGGGAAGUAGUUUUGGACAAAAAAGGCAACACUCAAACAGACAACAGGAAUAGUGAGUUUUCUUAUUAUGAUAAGAAAGAUGGUAUGUGGCUUGGUGUCAGCUUAGAUGUUCUUCAGAAUUCUGCUCGAAACGAUAUAGUAACUUGCGGUCAUCUGUGGAAAAAUCAGUUCUAUAAACAGCAUUACUUAGCAAAUGGAGCCUGUUAUGUCAUCAAUGGUGAUUUGGAUCCAAAUCAUGUUUCAAAACUUGUGCCAUUUGUAGAAAAAUCUAAACAAGCUAUCAUUCCUCCUGGAAUUUAUAAAUAUGCAUUUGGACAAGUUGGAACAUCUGCUGCCUUUUCUGAGGAUGGAAAAUACUUGCUUCUUGGUGCUCCAGGCUACUAUGAUUGGACAGGUACGGUAGUCAGUUAUGCUUUGGAUCCUGAUAGAGAAUUUCAAAAUUAUGCACGUCCUGCAGUUCCUUCACCUCCUACAGACCAUAAUGUGUCACCCGAGUCUUACAUUGGUUACUCAAUAACUUCGGGAAAAUUCUAUGACAAUCUUGAUUAUGUGGCUGUUGGCGCUCCUAGAGAUGGAGGUUUUCAUGGUCGUGUCUACAUAUAUGAAGCUGUGCAAAGCGGGGAGAAAAAAUUGAUCGUUACGCAGAAGAAGGAAGGAAGUCAGUUAGGUGAAUAUUUUGGAGCGAGUGUUCUUGGAGUGAAUUUAAAUGGAGAUGAGUACACAGAUUUGCUUGUUGGAGCGCCUUUAUAUUCUUCAGACUCUGGAGUUGAUGAAGGAAAGGUUUAUGUAUACAUAAGUAAUGGAAUGGGUCUACAAGAAUUCGCUGAGUUAUAUGGCAAAAACAGAUUCAAUUCUCGUUUUGGCACUGCUCUUGCAAAUCUUGGAGAUUUAAAUCAAGAUGGUUUCAAUGAUGUAGCCAUUGGUGCACCUUAUGAAGAUGGAAAUGGUGUUGUAUACAUUUAUCAUGGAUCUCGCUCUGGAAUGAAUGUUCAAUAUGUCCAAAGGAUUGCAGCUGCUGAUAUAAAUUCUGGCUUGUCUGGUUUUGGAAUCCAUAUUUCUAGAGGCUUUGACAUUGAUAGCAAUCAAUAUCCAGAUGUUCUAGUUGGAGCAUAUGCUUCAUCGAAUGCUGUGCUAUUCAGAACUCAUCCUGUGAUUCAGCUAGCGGCAAAAAUUACCUUUUCACCAAAACAAAUUAAUACAAAUGUGACAAACUGUAAUUACCAAGGUCAAGAUGUUCCAUGUGUGAAUGUGACAGCAUGUUUGUGGUAUGCUGGGAAGCAUGUGCCCUUGCAUUUAGAAUUUCAACAUACUAUCUUUUUGGAACCUACAAACCAAGCUAAUCUAAUUCAACCCAGAGGAUUUUUCCUUCAUGAAGGGAAAUCGGUGACUGUUAUUCGACAGAAAUCCAAAUUGGAUAUUGGAAUGGAUUUUUGCAUUAUGGAUGUUUUGUAUAUUCGUCCUGAAAUCAAAGAUGUUAUUACUCCAAUUCAGCUACUGUACAGUUACAGCUUAGUUCCACCAAAUGGUUCUUUGAAUCAAUUCAAUAGGAUGGCCCCUGUCAUAGAUCCAAUGUCUCCAAGCAAUAUUACAUCAUCUGUGACCUUUCAAACUGGAUGCGGAACUGAUGAUAAAUGCCUCUCUGAUUUGCGUGUCACUGCUGUUUUAUUAGGUCAUUCUGACUCGAGUUAUUUAAUUAUAGGCGAAAAGAACACUCUUAGCAUAGCAAUUGAAAUUGUCAAUUCGGGUGAACCUGCCUAUUUAUCUGAGUUACUGAUUUAUUUGCCACCGGAACUGCCAAGUAUAAAUCAGGAUAUCUGCUCUGAAUAUAAUGAUCAACAGAUCCAAAGAAGAAAUGCUAGUCUUAUAUGCGAUCUUGGAAAUCCUCUCCUAAAGGAUAAAAAGGUAAAGAUACAAAUUAAGUUAGACUUAACCAAGAUUCCAACAGACAAGAAGGAACUUGAAAUUGGUUUGGAAGCAAUUACUGCAAGUAAUGAAAUAAAUCCAAAAGAUAAUGCUGUGAAAAUUCCUCUUCGUUUCAAAGCAGUAGCUGAUAUUAGUAUAACUGGUACUCCAACUCAUGAGCAAAUUCCUUAUGAUGGGAAAACAGAGGGAAGAAUAUCUGUGCCAAUCACUCACACCUAUUUUGUGAUGAAUCAUGGUCCUAGUCCAGUCCAAGUCAUUGACAUAAUUUUAUAUGUACCUACACAAUAUCAAGGACAAGAUGGAAUUGUUGAAUUUGUUACCUUUACAAGUUUAGAGGCUGACAGUGGAAAAGCUAUGACUAUACCAGCUAAAUGUAACGACACUUACAUUCAAUUCAAACCCAUUGAAGUUGAUAUAAAGAAAAACAGAGAUGGGGUUUCUAUGGAUGAUGAACUUGUAGCACGAGGAGAAAACAAAACAACUUUUUUUGGUUUAGAUUAUGGAAUAGGAUCUUCCGAACUUUCUGAUGAUUCUACAGCUCCUUUGCGUUUUAAGCGGAGCAAUGAUAAAAAGACAUCUAGGAAGCGAAAAGACAUUGUUAUAAAUUGCGAAACCUCCAAGUGUAUGGCCAUUCAGUGCUCAGCAUCACCAUUUUCAGAUACAAGAAAAUUUGCGAAAAUUACAGUUUCUAUAUUGGUGAAUUUAACUGUUCUUAAUGAAGUACUGGAGCCUUGGUAUCAAAUAGAAUUCCUCACUGGUGGAGAAGUACAAAUUAGAGAUGACGGUAGCGGCGUUGUUGCUAAACAUCAUCAUCCCGAUAAGACUAUGGUUAGAACUGCUAUUGUAAGCUCCGCCCUUCGUGAAUCUGAAGAAAUUGCGCAGUGGAUAAUAUUCGUUAGUAUCGGUGUUGGCAUUUUACUACUGCUAAUUAUUCUUGUUUUACUAAUCAAAUUUGAUUUCUUCAAAAGAGAACAGAAGGAGAAAAUGGAAAAAAUGAAGUCGAAAGGUGAUAUGAAGGAAUAUGAACCAGUUGAAGGAGAAAGUACUGAAAGCGAAGCAUUAAAUUGAUGUCCGAAAACUGUUUAAGAGCAUGAAAUGCUAAUGAAUGAGUGUUCUUGUGGUGUUUCAGAUUUUUUCAUCUCCACAAGCAUCUGUAGAUAGACAUUUCUUAUUGUACUAGUCCGAAACAGUUAAUAUUUUGAAUUUUUUUUCAAUUUAUUGAAAAGAUUUAAAAUACCUUUUUUCAUCAAAAAAGUUUUCGCAUAUUUUUUAUAUGAAUGCAGAGUUCCUAAAUAUGAAAAGAGUUGCAUAUUAAUAAAUGCAUCAGAAAUGGUAGAGGCUAUGUGCUCUAUAUUUCCCAUAGAUGUGGUUUGAAAUCUAAAAACUGUAUAACAGACUUGUUUAAGUUAAUUACUCCUUAUAUAUAGGACUCGUAUAUUAAGAUUAGCUUGAUGGAAGUAUAAUUUAACUGAAAACAUGCCAUUUAAGAAUCUUUGUUCCUAAGAAUAAGAUUAACUUUCUACUUGAAGUCUUCUUUUAUGGACGAAGAAACAAUUCAUCAAUAUUAUUGCUAAAUGGCUAUAAAGUGUCACGUGAGCAGAUUGUGUCGGCUAUAACUUGGGAUUGAUUGUCGAGGGUUGAUCUCUCAUGACAUGUAAUAACCUUUAAAGUAUACUGAAAUCUUAAAACAUUUUUCAAAUUCUUUUGUAUAAUUUAAUAAAAACCAAAGUCGUGCUUCCAGCUUUUGCAGAUUUUUAUCUAUGACUAAUAUGUAAAUUCUAAAAAAUUGAUUUUCUACAGUAACUAUUCUUCAUAUUCAGAAAUCGGUUUCUAUAUAAGUAGUUCAUUUUUGUCAUAAAUUGUAUAUUACGCUCAAUUUUCUCAUCUUGAUUAGAAAUGGAAUAAAUAAUCUUGUAAAUAAGCAUAUAUUAUUUAUUAAAGGCAUUGAAUGUUAUUAUUAGAUAUAUGUAUUUUUAUAGCGAAUCAAUGAAUAGUUGAAUGAAAUCGUAUUCCAUCUAAUUUUGAGAUGAAACAAAAAAAAAAAAAGUUUAAAUGUGUCUAAAAUUGUUUCAUCAAUGAAUUUUUCUGUUAACAUCAAUUUAUGCAUUAUUUAUAGUGCAUUUAUAAAGUAGGUCUAGAGAACCAGGAAGAUUUCUGAAUAUUUAAUUUGAAUUUAAAGAAAUCAAUCUUGUUCCAAGAAUUUUUGUCUGAGGCAAAAUUUCUUGGAAGUUUUCAUACGCUUUGCUUUCGAUUUAUUUAAUUUUAUCAGUCAAAUGAUUGAUGGUUUAGAUACAUUUCUAUAUAAUUCCACUUCAUUUCUUCCCCUCUUUUGUGAAAUUUAAUAUUUUCUGUGAUAAUUUUUUGUAUUUUAUUAAAAACUUUAAAAAAAUUGUAUAAAUGUUUUGAUGGUAUAAUUUGAUUAGCAUCAAAAUGUCUUAAGAAUGACAGUGUAUUUUCCAGUCAUUUGAUGUGUGAUAUUGUAUAAAUUGAUUUUUUUUUGUCAGGUGUCAAAUAUUCAUGUAUUUCAUCUGUGUAUAAUCAUAGACAUUUUGAUGUAUGGACUGCAAGAGUAUUUGCAAUAUGACAAAGUUUUUGCCUGCAAUGUAAAAGUCCAUAUUUAUUUAUAUUGUGAAUAUUUUAUUUGU